AUGCGCUGUACAGACGUACGAUUGGAUUCACUUGAGCCUCGUCUUUCAGGGUUUUACCUAAAGCUCCUACUCUUCACUGGUGUGAGCUGGGCAAUUCAAGCAGCUGAACUUGUCCUGCUUUUCUUCACGCGAGUGCUUGUUACGCAGGACAUUAAAAUAGGCACUCCAGUCCUUGAAAUGUUUGAAGUUAGCAUUUUGGUUGGAUCAGCAUUUGGAGGCCUCAUCUUUGGUCAAAUCGCAGACAAAUUAGGUCGUCGAGUUGCUCUUAUUACAUCAAUGGUUUUCUCUUCAGCUGGAUUUGCCAUCUUGGCUUACGCGAAUGUUAGUGAUAUUCUAUUACUUGGUCGUGUGAUAAUUGGUCUUGGAUUUGGCGGACAACUCGUUUCAACGUUUCUUCUUGUCUUUGAAUUGACUCCUUCCUCCAUGACUAGUCGUAUGAUAGCAUUCAUCAAUGCAUUUACAGGUCUAGGUGGAUUACUUGGUUUGGCUUUAGCGUAUGUAGUAGCGCCAAAACUUCAAUGGCGUUCAACAUAUUUCGGAACGUCGGGACUCGUGCUUUAUACAUUUGUUCUACAUUUUAUGGUGCCAGAAUCACCUCGAUGGUUGGCAAGUGUAGGUCGGACAGAUGAAGCUUGUGCUAUUGUGGAGAAAAUGGAGCAAUCUUGUGGUCAAGUGGAAGCGCUUCAAUCAACGUCUGUUCAGGAUUUCCCAGCUUUAGAAACAAAGCUAUCGCGAAUUCAGGAACUACAACGACUGAAUUCAACUUUAAUUUUGGGGAUUAUGUGGAUCACCAUGACCGUCUCCACCUACAUACUUGGUAUUUACAUUCCAACACUCAUCAGCUUAAACGGCUACAAUAUGUUUGCAAGCUGGACCACAACAAGUUUAUUGGAAAUUGCUCAAGUGGUUGGCUCUAUUACAGGAGCAACAGUAUUGGACACAUAUGGACCUUCCCGCUGUUUUGUAAUCUUUGCAAUCUUAGCAGCUACUUUAUCAAUUUGGCUGAGCUACAUGCCUUGGUCAUGUAUUGUCGUCAUUUUCUUUUCUUUUUUUGUUACGGCUUUUCUCUCAGUUUGCUGGAGUUGUGUUCUUUUGUACACACCUUUACAUAUGAAGGUUAUGUACCGCGGCCGUGGAAUGGGAUACGCUAUUGGAGUCAGUCGUUUGGCUGCAGUAGGAGGACAAUUUAUAUAUCCAUACAUGUUUAACACGUGGAUGUUAUCUGUGUCUAUGAUAUGCUGGAUUUUCGGUGGACUUUUAAUCGUCGUUGCAGUUUUAAUUCAUAUCGUAUCUCACAUCAAUUAUCACCCAUUAAGUCAAGAAGACGACGCUAUCUCGUUGACAGAAAGAGAAGAGAUCUGGAGAACGAAUUGA